AUGUUGCGAAACACAGUUCUCGCUCUUCUCAUCGCCGCCGAGGCAACUCAUGGUCAGGCGGCCUUCACACUGAGAAAGACCUACGACUCCAGUAACUUCCUGGACUCGUUCAACUUCAGAGACCGUGCCUACUUUGAUAGUAUUGACCCUGGCUACGAGGGUGACCCGACCGGUGGCUCCGUCAACUACUUGAGCAGGAGCCAAGCAGUGGCCUCUGGCAUCGUCAACACCAAUAAUGGCAAGGUUCAUCUUGGUGUAAACUCCGUUGAUAAAGCUGCGCUCCUUACGCCCGGUGGAUCGAGGCAUGGGCGUGGCAGCGUUCGUCUUGAGUCGAAGGAAUCCUAUAGCUCGGGCAUUCUCAUCGCUGAUAUUGAGCAUAUGCCCGGAACUGCAUGUGGUGUCUGGCCUGCUUACUGGUCUUACAACUUUGACGAGGAUCCGGUCGGCGAGAUCGAUAUCAUUGAGGGUAUUAACGGUAACCAGAACGGCAACUAUGUUUCUCUCCACACUUGUGGAGCAUGUAUCUUCAACCGUCCUGGAGGUGCUGACCCUCGAAAUAAUUGCAAUAUCGGCGGCUCUGACACCCGAUACUGCACGGACGGUAACAACUACUCCGGGUGCGGAAACACCAUGCCUUCAGGCUCUUACGGCAAGACCUUCAACGCUAAUAAGGGAGGCGUUUACGCCACCUGGCUGACAACAGAGGCCGUCAAAAUCUGGUGGUUCCCUCGAAACAACAUUCCCGCCGAUAUCAAGAACGGCAAGCCUGAGCCCAACACCUGGGGUCAACCAGCUACAUCUCAGUUUGUCAAUGCGAAUGGCAACUGCGAUGUUGGAAGGUACUUCAAGAAGCAGACUAUUAUUUUCAACACGGCGUUUUGCGGAAGCAACAUCGAUCAGGGUAUCUGGAACCAGGAGUGUAGAGCUUCUACUGGCUAUGCCACGUGUGACGAUUACGUUACCAACCAGCCUGGUGCUUUCAAGGAGGCGUAUUGGACUAUUAACUCUCUGAAGCUGUACCAGUGA